CGGCUCACCUUAGAAGACAAGAAUACCCAAGCCACCAAACUUCAAAGGCAGCUCACACACACCAUUCCAUACAAAUUGAUGGACGAAAAUACCCCAAAACAAUGGGUGGAAUACCUUGUAAAGCGCCAACCAAUUCGGGAGAGAAAAUGUAUAGUUGAGGUGGAGAGAAUCGAGAGAAUAAAAAGCAGCCCACUUCACAUGGGAAGCAGUGCCGCAGUCAAGGUCGUAACUCAUGGGAAGGGGAAUGUCCUUCAACUCUUGUUAUUUUAAUUCAAACCCCUUUUCUCUUCCCUGGUUUUAUGUUUUUCUUCAACGAUCAGAAGCCAAAACGGGGUGGCCUUCCUCUACUCCCAAACUCGUCAGUUUCAACAACUAUGAAGUGGUCACGAGGUUUAUUUGAAUUGAAGCCUCCUUCAUAGUAAUUACCAUUUUUUUUCUCUGUAUUAAGGGAUACUAAUUAUAAUAGCGAAAGAAAAGGAAUGAGUGGUCUGACACUUUUAGGCUGGAAUCUGAGAUGAGACCGCCAACCCAACCCCACCUUUCAACACUAUACAUUCUAUAUUCCAUAUAUACAUAGGAAUAGAAAAAGAAAAGGUAGAUGAAAAGUAAGAGGGAAUGCUUCUCUUUUCCUCAGGAUCACCAUCUCAAGGCUGUUGGAUUUUUCUUCAUUUGAUUUCAGGGGGGUCCAAUCUGAAUUCAGACUUCUCUUCUGAAUUUUCUUUUUAAUGGGUUCAUCGGAUCGAUUGUUUAAUAGGCAGAGAACUGUUCAUCAGAUCCUCGGAGGAGGUCUUGUUGCAGAUGUGAUGUUAUGGAGGCAAAAAAAUCUGACAGUGGGGAUACUGUUAGUAACUCUAGCUGCCUGGGUGGUGUUUGAGUUAUCUGGUUACACUCUAUUGUCCCUUGUUUCAAGUGUUUUCCUGCUACUAGUCUCCAUUCUUUUUCUUUGGGCUAAAUCCGCAGCAAUUCUUAACCGACCUGCACCACCCCUGCCAAAUUUGUAUCUGUCUGAAGAAAUUGUAAAUGAAGUUGCAGCUUUCAUCCGGACACGCACAAACACCUUGCUUCAAGUGUCCCAAGAUAUUGCCCUGGGUAAGGACUCAAGGAUGUUCUUCAAAGUAGCUGCAUACCUAUGGCUGAUUUCUGUUGUUGGAGGCUUGACUGAUUUCCUAACUUUGGGUUACAUCAGUCUUGUUAUUGUCCUUACAGUUCCAGCCCUCUAUGAGCGGUAUGAAGAUUAUAUUGAUAGAUAUGUGAUGAUGGGCUACAGAAAAUUGCAGCUAUUGUAUAUGAAAUUAGAUGAGGAGUGUAUCAGCAAGGUUCAAAAAUGGAUUUUGGAGAAGAGGAAACUGAGCUGAUAUAUUUUUUUUCUUAACUGUGAUUUUUUGGGUUGUCUAUUUUCUUUUCCAAACUUUUAAGGUGUGAGAAUGCAUCUUUUUCAUUUUUCUCUGUUGUAUCUUUAUUUUUAAUGCACAGUUUUUAGGUUUUGACUGGAGAAUUCAUAGGAGUCCCUGCUAUGUUUACGGCUUUGAGGGAGGAUUAGGAACAUGUUUACUUUGAAAGUGGCAUAAAUGGUUGUGAUUUUGUUUUGAGACCUUCUAUACAAAGAGAGAUUGUUUGGCACUGAA